AUGUCACGGGCACUUCAAGUUGAUGGAGCACUAGAUACGUAUUUCUCAAUUUUGAGAAGGCAACCGACGCCACCGCGAAGGACACAAGGGCAUACGGAAUCAGUGUGGGCAUCCGCGUUCUUCAAAGACAAUCGACAGGUCGUUACUGGUUCGUGGGACUGCACCCUGCGAAUCUGGGAUGUGGAGAAAAGGACAUUGCAGGGUGCGAUCAGUUGCCGUAUCUCCAGGUGGAUUGCUAGUGGUGGUGAUAAAACCAUCAUCUGGGACGUCAAGAGCAGGCAGAUGGUAUUCGAGCUGCUGAAGCAUACUCAAGAGGUGAACUCGGAUGUGGAGACUGGUGCUGUCCUCGCAAUAUUUCCUCAUGAUGGUCCAGUGUGGUGUGUUGCAUUUAGUUCAGAUGGGUUAAAAUUAGCCUCCGGAUCGUCGGGUCGUUCCAUUCAGAUUUGGCUGAUCAAUAUCGCUCAAUGUUUUCUCAAGUUCUAUGCUCACAAUCGAAUUCGAAGUCUUGUGUGGUCACCUGACGCCCAACAACUUAUCUCUGCUGCAGACGACAAAACAGUCAGGUUCUGGAACUCAUCUAAUGGAGCCCAGAUCGAUCAACCUUGUACCGGUCACACAAACUCGAUCUACUUGCUUGCCAUCUCUUCUGAUGGCUCCUUUAUUGCCACCGCCUCGGAUGACAAGACUGUGCGAAUUUGGAGCACAGAGACACACCAGCAAAUAGGACGGCCUCUCGAACAUCCCGACCCGGUUUAUUGUGUUGCAAUCUCUUGGGAUGGAGGGCUACUCGUGAGUGGAGAUAUCCAAGGAAAGGUUUGGUUCAGGUCUACCAAGGACGUACUUAAGCGAGGCACGGCGGAGGAAAGGAUAGAAACCGAUGAAGAAGCACAGCGACUCUGGCAGCGAUCCAUUUCUUGUACCGACACGCAGCUGUGCAGUCACAACGAUAUUAAUAAUGCUAAAUUGGCGGGCGAUCACAGUAGUUCAAGCAAGCAUCCAUCAGAAAUUGAUGAAGCCUCUGGCAGUGACGACAGAUUCUCUUUAUCAGAGGUUCAACGAUCGGUCAACUCCAUGUUCAUUUGGUAUCGUCAAUCAGCUCUUACGAUCGUCUACCUGUCAGAUGUCCCACCUUCAGCAAAGUCUGGCGCACUGGCAAACAGUGUUUGGAACACGCGAGGAUGGACUGUUCAGGAAUUCCUCGCUCCUUGUGUCAUUCUCUUUUAUCAAAACGAUCUUAACAACCACUCUCUCAACCAUAAAGACUCUAUCACCAUCAUGCAAGAAUUGGAGGAUUCGACAGGUAUAAAUGCACAAGCACUCGUCGCCUUUCGUCCAGGCAUGACAGGCGCCCGAGAGAAGCUCCAAUGGGCGUCGACGCGUGUCACGACGUUGCAGGAAGACAUCGCAUACUCAUUGUUUGGCAUCUUCCGUGUCCACCUACCCGUCAUCUAUGGCGAGACAAAGCAAAAUGCACUCGGUCGGCUCAUACAGGAGAUCAUUGCUCGGUCGGGCGAUAUUACCGCCCUGGAUUGGGUCGGAAAAUCAUCCGAAUUCAAUAGCUGUCUCCCAGCUAACAUUUCCUCGUACAAAACAAUACCAUACACGUCGCCUCUACGUGAAGACGAGAUGCAGAUGUCUGUAUCCAGGCUGCAGAACACUGUGACUGUGGAGUCGGCUUCGAACCUGUAUACCCUCCUCUACAACGUCAACGCUCCUCGUUUCGCGAACUCCCGACUGCAACUUCCUUGCAUUGUAUUUCCUGUUACAGCAGUCAAGCGCAGGCACAGUCAAGAACAGGAGACGUGUUUCACCUAUGAUGUCAAGGCAGACGGUCUUCAGGACCUGUUAAUCACCACACAAGAUAAGCUGACUCAGUUCUCGCGGACAAUAGCUGCUCGACAGUUACUAUUGCUCAUCCGUCCGUGGAAUCGUCAUGACCUCGAGCUGCCUGAUCUUGAAGAUGACGUGCAGAGUGUGGACAAUUGGUCAGAGCCCGAGUCUCCAUCAAGCGACACGCUCAGUGGAUAUCCUGGUGAAGAUGAGCCGGUCGAUUCAGAGUCUCACCCGAGAGCGUUGAGGUUGAUCGCUCGCCUUGGCCAGCCAUUCAGCGCAUUCCUGCUGGCACAGCAGCGUGGUGGGGAGUAUAAGAGAAUCGCGUCAGAUCAUAGUGUUAUCGCACAGGUGAAGGACCUAGCUUCUGUGGAUGACAUGAUGGACAUCAGAACACUAGAGAUAUUAUAG